CGAUCAUCAUCAUGGAGGAACUAGGAAGUAGUCGAGCUCUCAGCAAGUUUGAGUUUGCAGUGCAGAUGACUUGCGAAAAGUGUGCUCAUGCUGUAAAGAAUGUAUUACAAGAUGUUAAAGGUGUGAAGGAAUUCAGCAUCAAUAUGGAUUCAAAAUCAGUCCUGGUGGAGACUACCCUGUUGGCAGAGGAAGUGCACAGACUAUUGGAGACCACAGGGAGAAAGGCAGUACUUAAGGGAAUGGGAACAAUUAAAUCUAAAAACCUUGGUGCUGCUGUUGCCAUGAUGUCAGGGGAAGGUCCAAUACAAGGAGUUGUUCGAUUCAUCCAAGCAUCUGAAAACACAUGUAUAAUUGAGGGAACAUUGGAUGGUCUGAGUCCAGGGUUACAUGGAAUUCACGUUCAUGAAUUUGGUGACAUCUCUAAUGGCUGCGAAAGUUGUGGUGAGCACUAUAAUCCACAUAGAAAUUCACAUGGGGGGCCAGGAGAAGACAACAGACAUGUAGGAGAUCUGGGAAAUAUAUUUGCAGAAGAUAAUGGACGCGCUUCCUUCAGGCUGGUGGAUGAACGUUUGAAGGUAUAUGAAAUCAUUGGUCGCUCCUUAGUGGUUGAUGAAAGAGAGGAUGACCUUGGCCAUGGGGGCCACCAACUUUCUAAGACAACUGGCAACUCAGGCAGGAGGUUAGCCUGUGGUAUCAUUGCCCGCUCUGCUGGUCUCUUUGAAAAUAACAAGCAACUGUGUACCUGCGAUGGAAUAACUAUAUGGGAGGAAAGAAAUUACCCCAUAGCUGGGCCAGGGCGCAACACCCAGCUGCAAAGUCCUCCUGCUAACCUUUGAUCAAAUAUAUCAUCUUCUUCAGUGCUGUCUUACCCACAAGAAAAUCUCUUCAACAGCAUAAUUUUGGAAUUAAAGGAGAAGGAAAGGCAUGAUUACAAAACAGUCUCAAAAUGUUGCCAAUUAUUCCCUGUCCUGAAACGCUGGCUUAUAUUGUCUCUCCGUGCCUUUUAGAAGCUUGCCUACAUUUCACUAACUUAGUGGGCGCCUUGUACUAAAGACUCUACGUCACUUCCCCAUAAAACUUAGUUCCCCACUGCUUCCCCGUGCUUGCAAAACCGUUGGUUAAACACAUAAAUAAAUUAUUUACUGAUUACAAAACAAAACACGCAGCCUUUCCUCCCCUGUUCGCAACACUAUCUUCGAAGUGGAGCAGGGAGUUCAGAACGACAUUGCAUCACUAUGGUAACAGAAGCUCUCUCGCUCCGCUUACAGGAUAGUGUUGCGAACAGGGGGGAACGGCUGCGUGUUUUGUCUGACUCAUGUGCCUGCACUUUAGGAUGGAAUUACUUUCUGGCAGGCUGUUUUCUCUCCUACUUAAUGUAACUGAAACAGUCUCAGUGGGACUUGGCUUUUACUAUUGAGUGUUGUUCUUAGAUCUACCAGGGAGCUGUUAUCUUUUGUUAGGGAGCAGCUAUCUGGUUACCUUCCUAUUGUUCUUUUGUUAGGUUGCUAGAGGGGGGGGAGGGUGGUGAUAUGACUCCAACUUGCAGUACAGCAGUAAAGAGUGACUGAAGUUUAUCAGAGCACAAGUCACAUGACUGGGGGCAGCUGGGAAACUGACAAUAUGUCUAGCCCCAUAUCAGAUUUCAAAAUUGAAUAUAAAAAAAAAUCUGUUUGCUCUUUUGAAAAAUGAAUUUCAGUUCAGAAUUCUGCUGGAGCAGCACUAUUAGCUGAUACGUUUUGAAAAAAACAUGUUUUCCCAUGACAGUAUCCCUUUAACAUACUGGCCAAUACUUUGAGCUGCAUUUGUAUUUUAACUUUAGUUCUCCUUUAAAGAAACUCUGAUGUAUUUUACAUUUCAUGUAUAUGGUGGCAGUAAGGCUUAAGGUUGCUGCAUUCCUACAACUAGCCCUUGCAGAGCUAAUAAUGGCUCUUUAAACUCCAACAACUUACUUCUGGGUUCUAACACUAUCCUCUUCCUGUUUUUCAGCUAGUGCAAACACAAGCAGUUCCACCAAAGUGCUUCUUGUAGCAUUAGUUGUACCAUCUGAGGCAUGAUUUCUUCUGGAGAAGGGUUUAUGUUGAUGCGAUGUACAGAGAGUAAAUACUAAUGGUCACAUCAAAAGAGCAGUACUACAUCUGUCCUUGUAAAUCUGUAUAUCAGCCCAAGGUAUUCCCUCACAUUUUCAAAUUGCUUGCAUUUUACUUUUGCUCAGAGAUUUUUGCUAUAGACUUUUGUCUCAGUGACUUUUACUCCAGGAUGAAAUUCCUGUAAAGGAGAUCUAUAACACAUAUGCCAAAAGAGAAUGCCCAGACAGUCAAUAGUCAAUAUCCUAUUUUAUUUCUUUAGUCGUUCUAUAUAAAUAUCUAGAAUAAUUCAGGUAAGAUUUAGUUGGGUAAUGUAAUAAUUGGUCUUGCGUUUGCUCCUUGUCUAGCAACCCAUAGCAACCAUUGCUGCUUGUCUAGUAACCCACUGAAACUAGUCAGCUGUUUGAAAACCAGCAUCUAACCGGUUGUCAUGAGGUACUAGAUGUGGACAAAUUUAAGACUUAUUACAUUACCACUUUAUUCUUGGCAAAAUUUCCAAUUUAGCUGUGAUGUCUCACAUCCUCCAGCAAAAACAAAAUAUGAUCUACAUUUUAAGAUAUAUGAGCCACCACUUUUUAUCAUAUUUCCAUCAAAGAUCUUGGAUCAGUGGUUCCCAAACUGAGUAUUGAGUAAAGACUACUUCAUGUGUGAUUUGGACUGAACACUUAGGGGCAGAUUUAUCAAAAUAUCAAUUUAGAGCUUAAUAAAUAAAAACUCGCCCUCCUUCUAUGCAUUCUUAUGGGAUUUUUAGAAUUGUAUUUAUCAAUGGGUGAAAGUUAGAACUCACUAUUUAAUAAAUACAAUUCUAAAAAUCCCAUAAGAAUUAAUAGAACGCGGGUGAGUUUUUUUAUUUAUUAAGCUCUAAACUCACCUUUUGAUAGAUCUGCCCCUUUAUUUAUGCACUUAAUAUUCCUGGAACUAUAGUAGGACGGCUGAUACAGCAUUGUUUGUUAACUUGUUUGUAACUUUGUAUUGCGUUAAAGGGAGCCCUGGUCAUCAUGUAGAAGACUUGAACCCAAAUGUUCCCAAAACAAGCAAUAAACCCACACUCAAGUUAUGCCUAAUGAUUUAAAGCUGUAGCACUGAACAAUACACUGUAAUCAGUUUAUUUUUCUGUUUCAGGAAUUUGAUUAUAAAUUGUCAGUAUGGUUUAAAUGAUUUACUGAAAAAUGCUUUAACUGAAGACACUUGAAGAACAGCUUGUAUAAUUAUUAUUAUAAGCCUUUUUAUAUAUUGGUUUCACAUUCAUUCCUGUUUAAUUCUAAUAUUUAUGUAUAUAAUAAAUAUAAAUGUUAAUAAAAAAA